UCUCUUUUCUCUACAAUCAUCUUCCGUUUUUCUAAGAGAGAGAGAGAGAAAUAGCUUCUUUGUCUUUCUACAAUCUCAGCCGUUGAAAUGGCUCGCUCUUUCUCGAAUGCUAAUCUUCUCACUGCUAUUGCCGAUGGCGUCACUCUCGCUCUCACGAGACGUGGAUAUUCGACGGGAACAUGGAGUGUGGGGAGAGGGAUUUCAAAGCAAGUAGAAGAUACGAAGAAGAAGGUGGCGAUGAGCUUGAUCAAAGACGGAGGACCCGACACUUCUUCUUCUUGGGUGCCCGACCCGGUAACGGGUUACUACAGACCCGGCAACCGAAUUGUAGAAGUCGACGCGGCCGAUCUGCGAGAGUUGCUCUUGAACCAGAAAUUCAAAUCUCACCAACAGUAAUUUAUGUACCUGACGAGGAUAUUUUUGUCAUUUUAGUUGUUUUUACGCACUAGGAUUCUUCAUGUACACGUACGAUGUCUUCCAUGAAAUUUUGAUCGUGCGAUUUUUUUUAUGAAAUAGAAAUGUUUGAGUAUUUAUUCUCCCUCUUCUGCCCUUUUCAGUUUCCAUCUUUUCUCCAGAAACGUUCCACUGCUUGCACU